UUUCCUACUUACCAGGCAUUAAAACUAGCCGUUAGACACAGUCUCUCUCUCUCUCUCUCUCUCUCGGUAGCAAGAGCCUCUGAAUGCCUCAUUUUGCACCUGACACUUUCUUGUCUUCCAAUAAACAAAGAUUCCUCCAUUUUGGCCUCUCUCUCUCUCUCUCUCUCUAAAAGAUCCUCACGGGAACCCCACCUCUCUAGGCUCUACCCUCCCCUCUACAAAACCAUGUCUCAACAGUUCACUUCCCUGUUUAGUUUAGUCAACCUCACGUAUCUCUAUCAUAUUAUGGACUGUUCAUAUUAGCACAAACUCAACCAAAAAUUAGUCAAGAAAGAGAGCCAAACCAACAACCAAACCACCCUUCAUCUUCUUCUUCAAUACAUAUAAUAUAUGGGUUGCCAAAAUCAAAUCUUUAGCAGUUUCCACAAAAACCCAUCUCAGAGCCUUCAUUUUUUGGUAAAGACAGAGGCCAAUAAGAAGAAGGAGAAAUGGAAAAUUCAAUCCAGCCCUUCUCAUCUUUUUGGGUUUUCACACUUUUUCUUGUUUCUUCACCUACUGAUUUGUACCAUUCGAGCGGUGUCAAGCCAAUCUUGGGAUGGUGUAAUUGUCACCCAGGCAGAUUAUCAAGCCCUUCAAGCCUUCAAACAUGAACUUGUUGACACAAAAGGCUUCUUGAAAAGCUGGAAUGACACUGGAUAUGGAGCUUGCUCCGGGGGUUGGGCAGGAAUCAAGUGUGCUCAAGGUCAAGUCAUAGUGAUUCAGCUUCCGUGGAAGGUAUUAGGAGGCCGAAUCACUGAAAAGAUUGGGGAACUUCAAGCCCUCAGAAAGCUCAGCCUCCAUGACAAUGCCAUUGGAGGUUCAAUCCCUUCUUCUCUUGGGUUUCUCCAAAACCUCAGAGGUAUUCAGCUUUUCAAUAAUCGGCUUUCGGGUUCGAUUCCAGCUUCAAUUGGGUCAUGUCCUCUCCUUCAAACUCUUGAUUUCAGUAACAAUUUACUCUUUGGGUCAAUCCCAGAGAGUCUUGCUAACUCUACCAAGCUUUAUAGGCUUAAUCUUAGCUUCAAUUCUUUGUCUGGUUCAAUCCCCAUUAGUCUCACUCACUCUCCUUCUCUGAUCUUUAUUGCUCUUCAAUACAAUAAUCUCUCUGGUUCCAUUCCUGAUUCUGUGGGGAAGGCAAGUGAGCUCCAAGAGCUCUCAUUGAGUCACAACCAAAUCACUGGUUCAAUACCUAGUGAAAUAGGAAGGCUUGAUAAGCUCACAACACUUGAUCUCUCUGACAAUGCCAUUAAUGGAAGCUUACCCAUUAGUCUCUCCAAUCUCUCCUCACUUCUUGUUCUCAAUUUGGAAAACAACCACAUUGAUAACCAAAUCCCAGAAUCUGUAAACCAAUUACAGAAGCUCAAAGUAUUUAACUUGAGAAAAAACCGACUCUCCGGCCACAUUCCAGCCACAAUUGGGAACAUUUCCGGCCUAACCCAACUUGAUUUAGCCUACAACAAUCUCACAGGAGAAAUCCCCAACUCCAUUGGUGAUCUAACAAGUCUCAAUUUCUUCAAUGUUUCCUAUAACAACCUAUCUGGUCCUGUUCCAAUCAAACUCUCCCAAAAAUUCAAUUCAAGCUCAUUUGUGGGUAAUCUUCAGCUAUGUGGGUAUAGUCCUUCAAACCCAUGUCCCCCUCUAUCUCCUCCUCCUAGUACCUCUCCUCCUCCUUCCCCGAAAACCCGUGCUCACCAUAGAUUGAACACCAAAGACAUAAUUCUCAUAGCCGCAGGGGCUCUCCUAUUAGUCUUACUUUUACUCUGUUGCAUAUUGCUCUGCUGCUUGAUCAGGAAAAAGGCGGCCGCAAAGGAGAAAGACGGCGAGGCUGGAGGCGGAGCAAGGGCGGAGAAGGGUGGUGCACCGCCAGCAGGCGGUGAAGCAGAAGCAGGCGGGGGAGAGGCUGGAGGGAAGCUUGUGCAUUUUGAUGGGCCACUGAGUUUCGCAGCUGAUGAUCUGUUGUGUGCUACUGCUGAGAUUAUGGGGAAGAGUACUUAUGGAACUGUUUACAAAGCCACAUUGGAGGAUGGGAGUCAAGUUGCAGUGAAGAGGUUGAGAGAGAAGAUAACAAAAGGGCAGAGGGAAUUUGAAACAGAGGUUAAUGUGCUUGGGAAGAUCAGACAUCCCAAUCUUUUGGCUUUGAGAGCUUAUUAUUUGGGUCCCAAAGGAGAGAAGCUUCUUGUUUUUGACUACAUGCCUAAGGGAAGUCUUGCAUCUUUCCUCCAUGCUCGUGGCCCAGACACACCCAUUGAUUGGCCAACAAGAAUGAAGAUAGCACAAGGCACAGCAAGAGGCUUGCUCUACCUUCACACCCAUGUCAACAUAAUUCAUGGAAACCUCACUUCCAGCAAUGUCCUCCUUGACGAGCACACAAAAGCCAAAAUCUCCGAUUACGGCCUCUCUCGGCUCAUGACCGCUGCCGCCAACUCCAAUGUAAUUGCCACCGCUGGAGCACUUGGAUACCGAGCACCAGAGCUCUCAAAACUCAAAAAAGCCAACACAAAGACUGACGUUUAUAGCCUCGGUGUCAUCAUUCUUGAACUCCUGACCGGGAAGUCCCCCGGGGAGGCGAUGAACGGUACUGAUUUGCCUCAGUGGGUGGCCUCGAUAGUGAAGGAGGAGUGGACUAACGAGGUUUUUGAUUUGGAGUUGAUGAGUGAUGCAAAUGCUAUUGGUGAUGAGUUGUUGAAUACUUUGAAGUUGGCUUUGCACUGUGUCGACCCUUCACCAUCAGCGAGGCCGGAGGAUGUUUCGAUUGUUCAGCAGCUGGAGGAGAUUAGGCCGCCGGAGACAGGGCCCGGGAGUUCUGGAGAUGACGGUGGUGCAGUCCCUUCAACUAGUGAGGAUUAAGAACGAAGCAUCGGGUUUUUAUUAGGACACGGAUUCUCUGUCUUUAAGAUCUAUGUUCCUAAUCUCAAUACAUGGUUUAGAUUGUAUCAUCGUGUCUCGAGAUUUUGAUGUUUCGAAAGUUCUGCCACUGUAAUCUCAAGGCACGAUUUUAGUGCUAACAGUGCAUUAAGAAUAGGAGAAGAGAGGAUACCUUAGACUGGGCUUUUUAGUGUUUAGGUGUGUAGGAUAGGGACUAUAAGGAGGACACAUUAGUCCUUGUUCAAUUCUUUCAUUCAUUAAUGAACCUUUUUUUGAUGCUUUUUGAAGUAGGUUGUUCCUUUUUGUCUGUAAAUACAGAUUUUCUUUCCAGUUCA